CAUUCUAACCACUAGUCCUCCCUCCUCUCCGAGAGCUGGGGAGAGAACCCAGGCAUCCAGGCUCCCUCCCCCCGCUCUAGGCUGGUGGGAAGAUGCACCAGGAGUUCAUGCUGCCCUAUUACACGGCGGAUUGUGACCAGGCGCGGGGGCUGAUGAACACGGCCAUGGGGCCCCUGCAGCGCCAGCUCCGGGCCGGCGAGUACGAGAUCUUCCAGUAUGCCCCCAUCUUCGAGAGCGACUUCAUACAGAUCAGCAAGCGCGGGGAGGUGGUGGACGUGCACAAUCGUGUCCGAGUGGUCACGGUGGGCGUGGCCUGCACCAGCCCUGCUCUCCUGGUGCCCAACGUGCUGCUGCUGGCCCGGCCCGUGGUCCCCUCUGAGGAGAGCCGGGGCCGCAGGGGCCCCCCUGCCAAGGCACUAGAGCUCACCAGGCUGCUUCCGCUGCGGUUUGUGAAGAUCUCGGUGCACGACGGCGAGAUGCUGCAGCUGCGGCUGAAGCUGGCCAGCGGCCGCUCAUUCUACCUGCAGCUCUGCCCCCAGGGCGAUGCCCACUACGAGCUCUUCGACAUGUGGGUGCAGAUCAUCAACCUCCUCCGGCCGCCCGCAGAGGAGAGCCACGGGGGACAGGCCCUGCCCGGAGACCCUGGGGCUUUCGGGGAACCCCUGCUCCAAGGCAUCAGCCAGGACACCACCGGGAGCCUGGAGUCGCUGGCCCCUGAGGAAGAAGCCCUGGAUGCCUUGAGCAUCCGCAGUCUCCGGACCCCCAGCCCCUCUCGGGAUGACCCAGGGAGCUCACACAGCCGCACACCCCCCAGCCUCAGCCCCUCACUGCCGCGCAAGCUGCCCAGCGUGGGGAGAGGGUCGCAGCGGGGCGGGUCCACAGGGGAGCGCAGGAGCCAGUCUGAGUCGCCGGAGGGGUCACCGGCCCCCCAGGAGAGGAGUCAGGGGAGCAGCCCCUCAAGCAAGAGGAAAGAGUCCAGCAGGCGGGCGGAUCGAGGGGGGGGAGCCAGACAGAGCAAAUCAUCGCAGAGCCGGGGCAGGACGCCCGGCCGGAUCCUGUCGCUGGUGAAGUCCCUGUCCCGCCUCAGCCUGAGUCGGGGCGACGCGCGGAGCCGCCCCCCCCGCCGGGACAAGAAGAGGCGCUGACGGCUGGCGGGGGAGGAGCCAGUAGAGAAGGGGCGGGGCAUGGUGGAGAAAGGGGCGGAGCCUCCUGGGCCCGUUGGGGG